AAAAAGUGUUUUUGUUUUUAUCAGGAAAAUUGUUUUUCCUACUAUUAAAUUAUUUAAAGAAAUAACUAAACAAAAUAGAAAAAAUAUAAAUUAGAUUACGAUUUAAAAGUAAAACGAAAUGCAAAUGAACUCGAAUAUAUCAAUUGAACGUAAAAAAGUAGACUGCAAUGCCCUGCCCAAAGGAUGGCAAAGGGAAGAAGUUUUACGAAAGUCUGGAAUCUCAGCGGGAAAAGUUGAUGUCUACUAUUACAGUCCUACUGGAAAACGCAUUGAUAGUAAACCACAAUUGGCUCGACAUUUAGGAGAUGCCAUAGAUAUAAGCAGUUUUGAUUUUCAAAAAGGAAAAUUUAUACAGCAUCUGCCAUCACCCUCUAUAUCACUAUACCGCUGUAUACCUGGUACUACAUCUGUAGUAAGCAGUAGUGGCAGUGGUGUGGGAGGCGGCGGCGGUGGUGGUGCAAGUAGUGCUGGUAUUGCUGUUGCUGGCUCUACUUCAUUACCAACAUUGGGUGGUGGUAUUACUAUAAUACCAUCACAUCAUCCAUCUGUGGGACACAAUUUAAAGCGUAAACAUAGAAUGGGAUCUCAAACAUCAGUCUUAAAUUUACCCUCAUCGUCCUCGUCGUCUUCCACUUCGAUAUCCGGUCAUCAUAAUCUUUUAAAUUCUUGCACAACGAUGACAACGACGACGACAUCAACAAAUUUGCCACUUAAGCAACAACAAUUAGAAUUCAGUCGUGCUCUGCGAACAGAUGUCUCACUGGUGCCACCCAUACGUCAGACUGCGUCCAUAUUUAAGCAACCUGUGACAGUGAUACGUAAUCAUGAAAAUAGUAAGACAAAAAAUGACACAAAACUAGGAGUACAAGAUAAACCGAAACAAUUAUUUUGGGAGAAACGCUUGGAGUCAAUGCGAGCCUGUCAUGCAACCGGUGAACAAUUUGACGAUAUUGUGCUGCCAAAGAGCCUGAAACCGUUGGGGCCCAAUGUUCAUGAACAGACUGUAAUGCAAUCACUAGCCACCGCUUUGCAUGUACUCAAUACACCCGUAACUGGGCAAACUGCAUCCAAGACUGAAUUUCAAAAAAACGCCACGGCUUUCAUCAAUCCUGACCAACCCCUAAUGCAGGGUAUUCUCAUAUCAGAAGAUGACAUACGACGGCAAGAAGAUCGUGUUAGUGUGGCACGAAGAAAACUACAAGAAGCUUUAAAAGCUUAAACAAAUAUAACAUGAAGUAUAAUUAGCUAUAAGUAUAAAUUACAAAAUAUACAUAACGAGAAAAAAGUACUAAUAAAUAUGUUUUCAAUUCAAA